AUGUUAAAAGACGAGGAGGCGACUUUGCCCUCCUAUCGUCCUGUUAAAUCCAUUCCCUUCGAACUCAUCCAACACUCCGGUAUCUUCCUGGAAGAAAAACUCUGUGCGCUCCCCCCCUCCUCUGUCAACACCACCGUCGCGCUAACUUUCUCCGCAUUCAAAGACACUCAAGCUCUCGACCUCCUCGUAAACAUCCUCUCCACUGCCACAGAAGCCCCGACUCCGGUUUUCGCUCCCCUGCCGCAGCAUCUUGCCGUGGCCGCAACCUUCCUCGUACACCCGUCCACCACGACGCGCGCCAAAACAGCCGAAGAAACGGAAGCGCCGAAUGCCUCGCUCCGACUCCUCCGCCUCACCAAUACCCUCGCGGGGCCGGUCUCCGCGAACUUCGGACGCGCCUUUUCCUUCACACACUUCGAAUCCUCUCGGCGCGGGAGACGACGGCACGAGCAUGACUCGGACGACGAGAUGAAGCCCCUGAACCUUGACCUGGGCCAGUCGGCGUCGGUGUGGUCCCGCGCUGAAGACUUCUGGCACGCCGUCGGGUGGGCGUUCAAUUGCUCGGUGCUGCACCCGGAGCGGUGGAAGAGAUGGUGUACCUGGUUGGAAUUCAUGUGUGAGGUCAUGGAAGAUGAUUGGGAGGAAAGAAAGCGUCUGCACUCUGCGUCUACAAAGGAGGAGGGGGAGAAGUUAUCCAAGGAUGAACCUAAGAUCCUCCAGGAUAGCUUGAUUGUCCGAUACAUCGAAGAAGGGAGUUCAGGGUACGGCAAGAACCGACGCAUCAUGCGGGCCAUAUUUGCGGAUGGGAGUACCAGCUCCGUUAAUGAAUUCCGCGAGGUGUUCCACAAGGAACUCAAGGAACUCAAGCAGCCGAAAGGCGCCACCGAGAAUAUCAAAAAGCGAGAGGUGGAAGUCAACAUCGACGAGGAGAAGUACGGAGAUUAUCUAAACAACGACAACGACGACGGCGGGUCCUCCCAAGACGAAACCAACCCGACUGCCACCAAAGGCAGCAAACGGCCCACGCGACAGACAAAACGUCCUCGUCGCGGCACAAGAUCUAAACCGGACCCGUCUGCCAACGAGGACGCCCAGACAGCGGCCCAUCUACACAGCGGCGUGGACCAGCUCGGGAGCCUGCCAUCACUCGCUCUCCGACAACGUCUUCUUCACUUGCUCUCCACCGUCUCGCAGCAUCUACCCGCCUCGUUCAUCAACCUCGAAGAACUGUACCACCUCUUCGUCGAGAAUAUACGACACCUCCCGCUACCGAUCUUCCAAGCCCUCGUCAGCCCCUCUGUGCUGCCAAACUUCCUCCCCGCCGCGAAAACCACCCUCUGCGAAUGUCUACUGUUCCGGAUGCGCGAGAGCGGCGCCCCCGUCACGGACGAGGAGUAUCUCAACCAGGCCAAGCUGGCGCAGUGCUUCCUCCCUUACGCAGCCAACACGGCCAGUAUCGUCGACAACGCCAAGGUGUCUGUCGCGCUCGAGUCCCUCCUGAUUCUCCUCGCCGAUAACAAUCUACUGAAAGUCACCCCGCAGCUGCAAAACGCCGUGGAAGAGGGGAUCAAGGCGCGCGCUAGGAAAACGCAGGUAGAGACCAGACGGAGUCAGAAUAGCCGGAAACUGGAGAGUAUCGAGUGGUCCUGGUUGAUUGAAAGUGGGGAGAGAUUAAGGUUCUUGGUGUAUGAGAUUUUGCCAAUGGCGAGUGCCAGUUCCGUGUGA